AAACUGAAAAUAAGUCCAAAAGAACACGGCCACAUAGUCGUCUAAAGUUUAAACGAGAGUGUUAUCUAUUUCUCCUGCCUGUGGCGGAAAAUAAUACAGUAGUGACGCUCUGCUUCUUCAACUUGGACAUCUAUGUUCCUCCUCUGCUAAUGCAUUGAUCAGGAAAAGGCAUGUCAAGCGCUUUAGCAAAUGGACUUGCAGGAGCUGGAGGUGGUUUGAUUGCUCAGAUAUUAACGUACCCUCUUCAAGCGGUUAACACACGCCAGCAAACUGAGAGAGUUGUCAAGAAAGGGAUAAAUGAUCACCAUGGAACUUCACCCUCUAAACAACAGCGUCCUGGAGGCACAAUUGUUCAAUUGUUUCAGGUAAUAAAAACUGAGGGUUGGGGUGGACUUUACAGUGGCCUAAAGCCUUCUCUGUUUGGAACUGUUGCUUCAAUGGGUGUGUAUUAUUACUUCUACCAAGUUUUCAAGAACAAGGCAGAGUUAAUUGCAGCAACGCGCAAGGGCAGAGGGCUGGGUGAUGGAAAUGUUGGAAUGAUUUCAUGGCUUGCUGUUGCAGCUAUUUCUGGAUCCUUGAAUGUUUUGCUUACAAAUCCGAUCUGGGUACUCGUCACUCGGAUGCAGACACAAACCCAAGCAGAAAGAAAUAUAAUGGAGAGAAAGAGGGAGGCCCUUCAGAGGGAAGCUUCCGAGAACAGUGCUAUAGCAUCCACCUUACAAGACAAGUUGGUUGAACUCGAAUUGUUGAAACCGAAACCAUAUGGAACACUGCAAGCGGCAGCUGAGAUCUACAAUGAAGCAGGAAUUAGAGGUUUUUGGAAGGGUAUUAUUCCUACUCUUAUUAUGGUUUGCAACCCGUCAAUCCAAUUCAUGAUUUAUGAGACCUCACUAAGGUCUCUCAAAGAGAAACGGACAACAAACAAGCAUGGAGUGAAGCAAAUAACAGCUUUGGAGGUGUUCUUUCUUGGUGCUGUGGCUAAACUCGGUGCAACAGUUGUAACAUAUCCUUUGCUAGUAGUCAAGUCAAGGCUGCAGGCAAAACAAGAUAUUGGCAAUAAUGUCUCAUUGAGAUACUCAGGUACCGUAGAUGCAAUAGUUAAAAUGAUACAGUAUGAAGGAUUGCUGGGAUUUUACAAAGGGAUGAGCACAAAAAUAGUGCAGAGUGUUUUUGCUGCCUCUGUACUAUUCAUGGUAAAGGAAGAGCUUGUGAAGGCGAUUACGGUUCUAGCCGAUAAGACCCGCAAGAUCAGACUUAAUGCACUCAGAUAAUCUCACUAGCAGUGCGCAUGAAAUUACUAGUACUGAAACUUAGAACACAGAAUAGUAUUUGAUGUACAUAGAUCUCUUUUUUCCUUGACAACAGGUGAAAAUUUAUCAAGGUUUGAUUGUGAAAAAUUGGGUCAA